AUGAAGAUAAUUUCUUUUAAUGUGAGGGGGUUGGGAAGUAGUGGUAAGAUAAGAGUUAUUAGAGAAAUGCUUGCAAGGGAAAAAGUUGAUAUGGUUUGUCUGCAAGAGACUAAACUAGUUGUUGUUGAUCAAAGGCUUUGCUCUCAAGUUUGGGGUGACUAUAGCUGUGAGUGGAGGGCAAUUGCAGCAACAAAUGGAGGAGGAGGACUGUUAUGUGUGUGGAAUGCUAUGGCUUUCAAUUUAGUUCAAUGCGUUGAAGGGUCAAGAGAUUUCAAUGCAGUUCGGUAUGCAGAGGAGCGUGUGGGUGUGAUGUCAGGCUUUGUGACUUAUGCCAGGGAGAUGGAGGAGUUCAAUAGGUUCAUCUUAGAUAUGGAGGUGAUGGACAUUCCUUUGCAGGGUAGAAGAUUCACGUGGUUCAGGCCUAACGGUCAAGCGAGAAGCCGUCUUGAUAGGUUUUUGGUUUCAAAUACAUGGUUGGAGUGGUGGCCUAAUUGUUCGCAGUUGGUGAUGGAUCGUGAUAUUUCAGAUCAUUGUCCAAUCCUUUUGAGGCGGGUCUUUCAGGAUUGGGGCCCAAAAUCAUUCCGGGUCUUGAAUUACUGGUUGGAAGAUGCUAGACUACCCGUGUUUGUGGAAAACGUGUGGUCUAAUUUACAGGUUCAUGGGUGGUCGUCUGGGUUAGUUUUGAAGGAAAAAUUGAAGAGGUUGAGGCUUGCAUUGAAACAAUGGAAUUUCGAGGUGUUUGGGGAUUUGAGAACUAAGAGGCAUGAGGUUGUGUGUAAAAUCAGCGAGCUAGAUAAAAAGGAGGAAGAGGUGGGCUUGAGCACGGUAGAACUUGGUGCUAGACAACAGUUGAUCUCUGAUUUUUGGGGUGUGUUGAAGCAUCAUGAGUCUCUUCUUUGUCAAAAAGCUCGUUCUAAAUGGGUUAAGGAAGGGGACCGAAAUUCUAAAUUCUUUCACUCUUCUAUUAAAUGGAGACGGAAGACUAACUCUAUUGUGGGUAUUAUGGUAGAUGGGAGUUGGGAAGAGGAUCCAGCAAGGGUGAAGGUGGAAGCUAAGCGGUUCUUUGAAGCUAAAUUUUCGAGUACACAAAGAGCUUGCCCAACACUGGAUGGUGUGCCAUUUAGAGUGCUGAAUUCAGUUGAUAAUGCCUUGUUGACAGCGGUCUUUGAGAAAGCAUAG